CCUGAGAUUCUUUUUUUGGGGGGUAAUUUUUGCUUCAUAUUAGACUUUUUCUGUGUCCUAAUGCUGAGCCCGCCCUCCAUGGUGAUCCUCUCAGGGGUCCAUCUCCUCAUUUGUGCCCGGGGCCCCGGAUGUUGUCCGGCCGUGGCAGGCUGGCCUCUGAUUGGUCAGCAGCAGCAGCAGGUGGAGGAGCCUCAGAUCCUCAGUCAGUCAGCUGUCAGUCAGACCGGAGAUAAACAUCCAGCACCCACCGGCCCGUUACCGGCAGCCCGCUGCGGACUGGCGGGUUGGAGUGUCUGUUUUCCCGCCUCGCGUGAAGCCGUUUGGAUGAACCGGUACCGGAUCGUGCAGGAUGCUGAGCGCCGUUAAAAUGGAGGGACAGGAGCACCCGGACUGGAGCAGCAGCUACUACUACGGAGACACCGAGUGUUACCCCUCAGCGAGCAACAUGAACUCUAUGAGCAGCUACAUGAGCGCGCCUGGCAUGACCGGCACCAGCCACAUGAACGCGCACUACGGGGUCAGCGGCCCCUCGGUGCCCACCGGGAUGCCGCAGGGCCCCGGGGCCGCGGUGCAGCCCGGGCCCGGGAUGGCGGGCCUGGGCGCCGGGCUGCCCCCGAGCAUGAGCCCCAUGAGCCCGCCGCCGUACGGGAACAUGCCGGUGAUGAGCCCGGUGUACGGACAGGCCUGCAGCAUCCGGGCCCGGGAGUCCAAGCCGUACCGGAGGAGCUACACGCACGCCAAGCCGCCGUACUCGUACAUCUCCCUGAUCACCAUGGCCAUCCAGCAGUCCGGCAGCAAGAUGCUGACGCUGAACGAGAUCUACCAGUGGAUCAUGGACCUGUUCCCGUUUUACCGGCAGAACCAGCAGCGGUGGCAGAACUCCAUCCGACACUCGCUCUCCUUCAACGACUGCUUCAUCAAGGUGCCGCGCUCACCGGACAAGCCGGGCAAAGGCUCCUUCUGGGCGCUGCACCCGGACUCCGGGAACAUGUUCGAGAACGGCUGCUACCUCCGGCGGCAGAAGCGCUUCAAGUGCGGCAAGAAGCCCGGAGCCGGUGAGAGGGAGGCGGCGGGGAAGAAGGGCUCGGAGGGCGGCUCGGUCACCGGCAGCAGCUCCGGUUCGGACUCCCCGCACUCCCCGUCCCCGCCCUCCCCUCCGGCCCCGGAGGUGAAGGCGGUCAAAGCCCCGCUGGCCUCCCCGCUGUCUCACCCCCAACACCUGCUGCCUCCCCCCCACCACCAUCCGCUGCUGCUGCCGGAAGCCGCGCACCUGAAGCCGGACCUGUACCACCACCACUACCCCUUCAACCACCCGUUCUCCAUCAACAACCUCAUGUCCGAGCCGCAGCACCACAAACUGGAGCCGGUGGUGCAGUACGGGGGCUACGGCUGCCCGGUGUCCGGCGCUCUGGUGGCCAAGAGCGGCCUGGAUCACAGCGACACCAACUACUACCACGGAGUGUACAGCAGCAGGACCAUCAUGAACUCCUGAAACCCGCUCCUCUGUCCUCCUCAGAGUCUGUACAUUUGUAGAUAUCACCGAGGCCCUUCUUCUGUUUUGUUUCUGAGGCCUGGAGGAUUUGCAAACUGUUUUCCACCAGCCAUCAGUCAUCUGUGUGUUCUGGUUCAGAUAAAAAUAUUCACAUGAAAACCUUGUUGUGUUGUUUUUACAGGAGGAGCUGCUCAAUUAUGUGUUUUUAAAUUAAAAUAAUCACGGCAAUUAAAUGAUAUAUUUAGGUGCAGGCACAAAAAACUCAACUAUAAAUGAUUAAAAAAUGUCCUGCUCUACAAAAUUACAAUAUUAAAUUAAUUGCUUCAAUAAAUUAAACUCAAUUGAAGUAAGUUUGCCCAUUUUAAUCUAACACACAGUCAUAUUUAAGCUGAUGUGGUCUCAAAUGAUCGUUGCUGCAACUUCAUUUUAAACCAAAUCAAAUUGAUCUUUUCAGUUUUUCCACCUUAUGUAUUUGCUUUACCUAAAUGUAAAACAGGAUUUUCUCAUGAAACUUGCUGCUCUUUUCCUUUUCUUUACUCUGUAAUCCUACUGGGGAAAAAACAACGGCUGAGUUGGACCACAAAAAAAAAAAAAAAAAGAAAA